AUGGACGUCACUACACAUUCGGAUAUUGUUAUUGAUACGCAUACACCACAUUUUUCAUGGCAAUUGGCCGACGAAUAUUCUUUAAGUGGUGAGCUAAUUCGAAAUAUUCGACAGAUAGGUUACCAUAUCCGAGUGUAUAAUACGAUCGCCGAUCAGUUAGCUUGGGAUAGUGGUUAUGUGUCAUCGCCGCUAUCAUUGUAUACUCAAUACGCAGGUGUUCCUUUUUCUUCUGAUACACGUUACAAUGUUUCCAUUAAAUACUAUACAAUCGAACGUGAAAGUCAAUGGUACACAGCACGAUUUCGUACAGCACUGUUUUCUCUGACAGAUUGGACAGGUCAGUGGAUUGGUAGUAAUUAUAUCAAUAUGAAUCAAUUACGAACUGUUGUUGAUCUUAAACCAAUAAAAAUUCAAUCUGCUUCUGCUUUCAUCAGUGGUGUUGGCUUCUAUCAAAUGUAUAUUGAAGGUCAAUUAAUUGAUCCAUCGCGUCGUUUAGAUGUUGGCUGGACUACGUAUCAGCAACGUACACUCUAUACGUCAUACGAUUUGACCGAUAUAAUAAAUACGACGAAUGAACGAAUGGGCGUUGGCAUUGUAUUAGGACAAGGCUGGUAUAAUCAGCAACAAUGGGCAAUUUCACUUAAUCCACAUAUUACACUAGCUGAGCAGUAUGGUCCACCACGUGCAUUGUUACAAUUGAACAUUCGCUACGUUGAUGGUACUAAUCAAUCAAUUGUUACCGAUUCCUCAUGGCUAGGUAGAGAAGGUGAACAUCGGUUUGAUUCAGUCUAUAUGGGUACAACGAUGGAUCUUCGAGCGACACUUGCGUGCUGGUCAUGCGCUAAUUUUAGUAACUUUUAUUCAGCAUGGUUGAACGCUUCUAUAUUAUCGUCACCCGUCGAUUUUACAGCUGGAGGUCAGUUUUCAUUACAAAUCAUGGAUCCGAUUCGAAUCGGUCCUGGCGCACUUCAUAUUGCAACAUCAGGUCAGUUUGGUCAACUGGAUGGAGUUCAAGGUGCCAGUCUAACGGAUGGCGGUGUUCUCAAACCUAUUUCUCAGGACAUGAUCAAUGGGCAAGUUUUUGAUCUUGGUCAAAAUUUUGCUGGCUGGUGUAAAAUAUCGUCAUUGAACGCAAGCAAAUCAACGAUUAUUCAAAUGCGUUAUGGGGAGCUGCGAUAUUCACGUGGUGUCAAUGGUAUUGAUUUCGCUGGAUUAUACUAUGAAAAUUUGGAUAGUAUUGCCGUGAUGGAUACCGUUGUUCUGAAUGGAACAGGGAACGAAGCAUUCGAACCUCUAUUCACUUCUCAUGGAUUUCGUUAUUUGUUAGUAAAUGGUUACAAUAAAAUUACUAAAAAUGAUGUUGAAUGUUACAAUGCUCAUAGUGAAACAACGUUGAUCGGUAAUUUUAGUAGCAGUAGCGUUGUUUUAAACCAAAUUCAACAUAACAUUCUCUGGUCACAAUUGAGCAAUUCCAUGUCUUUACCUAUGGGUUGUCCACAACGUAACGAUCGAACAGGAUGGUUAGGUGAUGCAGGUCUCAGUGUUGACGCUGCCUUGUAUAAUUUUGAUUAUAUCGGUUUUUAUUUGAAUUUUUUAACUAUGAUUGCUGAUAAUCAAACACCCGAAGGUGCCGUCAGUGAUACCGUACCAUUUAUGACUGGUUUUCUUCCUGCUGAUCCUAAUUGGGGUACGGCGUAUGUAACUAUUACGUGGUGCUUAUAUGAACACACAGGUGAUAUGACUAUACUGGAUAGAUAUUACGUUGGUAUUCAAAAAUGGAUUGAUUAUUCAAUCGGAGGAUAUAAUAAAACUGGUCUAGCAAAUAUGUACUUCCAUUUUGGAGAUUGGGUACCAGUGCAGAAAGUGAGUAACAAUUCGUUGGUAUCUUCAUAUGCUUUUUUGCGUGAUGUAUACACGUUUGUGAAUAUGAGUCAGCUGCUGAAUCGUACGGCAAAUAUUGAAAGAUAUUCGACGUUUUAUCAACAAUUAAGUGAAGAGUGGAACCGUGUUUUCUAUAAUGCAAGUGUAAAUGGAUAUGUUGAUGGAAGUCAAACAGCAAAUAUAUUAUCACUGGCUUCGCCUAAUGUUGUACCAAGUGCUCUUCGUGACACAGUUCUAAACUCGCUGAUCACCAAUCUGCAAAGCACGGGCUAUUUUACAGGCGGUAUUAUCAGCGUUGCAGCUUUGUAUCCGCUGCUAUCGAAAGAAGGAUAUCACGAUUUAGCAUUGAAACUUGCACUUUCGACCUCUUACCCAUCGUACGGUUAUAUGUUUAACAAUCAGAUACAAAAUGCAACGACCACAUGGGAACAAUGGAAUAGUUUACCAAAUGGUGCCAGAUCGUCUUUGAAUCAUCAUAUGUUCAAUAGUAUCGGAGGAUGGUUCUAUCGAUAUUUAGCAGGAAUUGAAUUGAAUGCAUUAAAUAUAAUUACGAUUCAACCGCGUAUGACCUACGCAGCCGAUCUUUUGAACUUUGUUGAAGCAGAAGUUGUUACAAUAAGAGGAUCCAUUGAAGUGAAAUGGAGACGCGCAUCAAAUGAGAGUAUCCUUUUGUCCGUUGUUAUUCCAAACAACAUGAAUGCCGUUGUUCACUUGGAUCCGUUGAUUCGGAAUGGACGUUGUAUGAAAUUAAUGUGCGAUGACAAUAUUAUCUGGAUAGUUGAAAAUCAGGUCGGUCAACGAAUUUGGUCAAAGCAUGUACUUGGUGUGACUGAUCUUAUGGAAGACCCGGUAAAAGGUACACUUUUAGUGAAAGUAGUAUCUGGUGCGUAUAAGUUCAUGGCAACUUGGGAAUAA